AUGACAAACUACAUUAACCUUGGCUCUUUCAACACUCAUUUUCUUAUGGACUCUUAUCCUUCCAGUAACGAGAAUCUGGCUCCUCUACUCACUUCGCUCAUAGAGUCUUCAUUACUCUUCUUUAAGCUCCCAUCGCAAAUAAAGAACAAGGACCUUGCGUUGCAGAAGCUAAAGCUGGAGUUGGUCAAGCUGAAGCAGUCGGACAAGUUGUCGGAGGCUCAGAGUAGGCGGAGAGCUCAGAUCCAGAGGGCUCAGCGUUCAGAGAGGCUAAAGACCUACUUUUUCAACACACAUCAGAUCAUAAACCACAGAUGUGGCUGCAAGUACGGCCUUUCCGGCUUUAUCCGAUGUAAACUAGAUGAGGUCGAUUGUCCACACUUUUGA